AUGAAGAUCCUCAGCGAGCUGAAUGCGCAAAUCUCCUCAUCGACCCGGCUAAAGUGGGCGCUGGCGGUGGCGACGCCGAUUGUCGUCGGUUCGGCAGGCGCCUGCCUCUACUACUACUAUCGCAAUGGGGAGACCUCAGCAGAGAGGGCAGCCGCGGAGAAGAAGGCUGCAUACCUAAAGAAACUGGCAAAUGACCCGCUGGCAAAGGCCAACGAUUUGAAAAACAAGGGAAAUGAGUUUUUUCGUCUGAACAAGUACGAAGAUGCGCUGCGAAUGUACAACGAGGCCAUAGCUGUACUGCCAAGUGAGAGAACUAAAGAACUGGCGACCUGUUACCAGAACAAGGCCGCCUGUUACGAGCAUCUGAAGCAGUUUGACCAAGUCAUUGAAGACUGCACAAAGGCCAUUGAAAAUGAUAAGCUCUACGUCAAGGCUUACCUUCGAAGGGGGAAAGCCAAUGAGGUCUUGGAAAAGUACGAGGAUGCCACAUUUGACUUUUACGUCGCAGCGUGUUCAUCUCAGUUUCAAAAUUCCGACUACAUCAGUUUGCUCUACCAAGUUCUGGAAAAGUUUUCUUUCGCCAAAGCAAAUGACAUUGUUGGCAAGCGAAAGCAGUUCACAUUCCAGAAGUACCUCCUUCGACACAUUGUCAACAAGUUCAGCCGUGACCCACUGAAGGCCAAGUUUGAGGAGCUGAAGUCAAAUUACAAUGAGAUUGUGACUACACUUCUCAAUGACAACUCCAAUGAUGAGUCACUUUCCGUAGACGAUCUCCUGCUCAAAGGUACCAUUGAGAUGUACAUUGGCAAACACGAGGCAGGCCAGCGUAAACUCCGCAAACUUAUUGACAACGCCGAAGUCGAAGUCUCCUAUAAGGUGAAUGCUCUGCUGAAGCUGACUGAGUUUAACUUCCAAAACAACAAACUUGAGGAGGCGAGGCGCUGGCUGACAGAAGCUGAAAAUCUAGACAGCCUUAAUCCGGACGUGCACUACAUUCGCUCUCAGUUGCACAUCAUCAACAAAGACUACGAUGCUGCCAUGAAGGACCUGGUCUCGGCCGCAGAGCUUGAUCCUAAAUUUAGUUGCGCCAUAGGCCAAAAGUUGUACAUUGAGUACCAGCAACUUCUUAUGAUUAACGACAUUGCCAAGAAAAACGCUGCUUUGAAAGAGUUUGAAAUGGCAAUUGAAAAGUUUCCUAAAUCAAAUGAGCUACUGCUCCUGUUUUUCCAGGUUUUGUUGAGCAACAACGAAAUGGCUAAAGCAGAAGGGCUGAUCACGAAGGCACUGGAAAACGAUCCUGAAGAUCCGACGCUGUACGUCUACAAGGCCCUGGUGUACAUUGAGACAAGCGAUCUCGAGAAGACGAGAGAGUACCUCGAUCUGGCGCUGAAGCUUGACCCGAAGUGCAGCUUCGCCUACGAGAUGCUCGCCGACCUGUGCAGCAAACUGGAGAACUUCAAGGACGCCCUCAGCUACCUGGAGAGCGCCAUCAACUGCUCCACCACCUUUGAGGACGUCAAGAACUUGAUUCUCAAGCACAAGACGCUGGAGCUGCAGUUGAAAGCGCCCAAGUUUGGCCAGUGA